UAUUUAUCUAUUUUUCCCAGCCUCCUGAUGGUCGGCUGACCAAGGAGAUGCAAAUCGGAGAGGGCGGCACUGGAGCCGUGUUCAUGGUAAGGGACCAACCAAAUUCCUAGAGAGCAGGGGGAGCUGAAAGCAAGUUGAAAGUGCUAUCACUAUCCCUGCUAUGCACAUGAUUACAUUCCUUAAUAACUCAAUAUUUCUGUCAGUUUGUUCCCAAUAUGAGUCUUGAUAUUUCCAGCUAAUACUGAAUGUCAGUUACACCUUUCUGUGUGUGUUACAGGGCCAUCACCAUCGCAGAGGUAAGGUAGCCGUCAAGAUGGCCAACAUCACUCGGGAUGAGGAGUCAGUCUGCCGAGAGGUAAGCUUUCUCCUGAAGUUCAGCAGGCACAGGAACAUCGCCUCUUACUAUGGAGCUUAUUACCACCCUGCUCCAAACGAGGAGUCAUCGGAGUAUCUGGAGCUUGUCCUUGAGUACUGCAGCGGCGGCUCCCUGUACAACCUGAUCGACAGCACCGAAGGCCAAUCCCUGAAGGAGACCUGGAUUGGCUAUGUCUGCAGGGAGGUAUUGAAGGCUCUCAACCACAUUCACCACCACCGGGCCGUUCACAGGGACAUCAAGAGCCCCAACGUGAUGCUCACCAAGAAGGGGAACAUCAAACUCAGUGAGUAAAACUUAUAGUUGUAAGAUGAAUGGAUGGGGGGAAGCUUCUGUGGAUAUAAAGUACAAAGGGUAUCAUGAUACAGGUUUAUAUCUUAUUGCCCUUAAAAUGAAUGAAUUUUCCAAUUAUAUGUUUAAUCUGUCAUUUCAGUCGAUUUCGGACACUGCUGGGACCUGGACCCACAGACAGGGAAGUGCAACCAGGCUGAUGGGACUGCGCACUGGAUGGCGCCCGAGGCCUUUAGGAGGAGGGACAGGGAACCGGAAUUUGACAACAAAGUAUGUUGUAGAAGCAGUAGGAGGACCCAAUGGCAUUUAUGUGUCUGCACAAAUGGGUGCUGCAUUCAGUAAAGGCCAAUUCAGUUACAUGAGUGCUAAACAUGAAGCCAUUGGGAACCCCCUGGUAACAAGUAACUAAAUCAUACGCUAACCCAAUUCUAUCCUAAUGCUCUUUGGUGUCUUCUUUUCCAGUGUGACAUCUGGUCCCUUGGAAUCACUGCCAUUGAAAUGGCCGAGGGAAAAACACCAUACGCCGAUCAGGAACUAGUGUCGGACCUGAUCAUCAACAACGACUCUCCGAGGCUCAUAUCAAGGACCUGGUCUCAAACUUUUGUGUCCUUCUUGGAGUCGUGCCUUGAGAAGGAUCCUUCCCGGAGAUGGAGUGCGGAAGAGCUCCUGCAGCACCCGUUCAUUACUGAACUGCCCCCUGCGAAGACCAUCAGGGCUGAAAUCGAGGAACACCUUCGGGCUGUGCAGAACCGGCCGGCCAAACAAGGAUUGAGAGCAGUUCGCUGGGCCAGGGAACAGCUACGGCGGGCCAGGGAACAGCUACGGCGGGCCAGGGAACAGCUACGGCGGG